AUGCCAUUUAGUUCUCUAUUAGCACCUCGGUCAAAGACUGAUCAUGCUAAACAAUUGAAAGAUUACUUUACUGUGAUUGAAAAUGAACAAGAUAAAGAAAAGAAAAAUUAUGAAGACGCAAUUAAAAAUAUUCACAAAACUUUACUCGCAUUGAAAGAUGGUCUAUUUGGUCCACGUGAUGGUAGUAGUGAACCAGCGAUAAGUGAUGUAUCACAAUUAUGUAGUGGAAUUUAUUCACAAGAACUUAUAACAACAAUGAUAAAUAAUUUGAGUCGUGUGACAUUUGAAGAUCGAAAAGAAAUUGUUGCCAUAUUUAAUAAUUUAUUACGACGACAAGUUGGAGCAAAAUAUCCAGCUGUUGAUCAUAUUAUUCAACGACCUGGAAUUUUAUUUAAAUUAAUUGAAGGUUAUGAAAAUGCCGAUAUUGCACUUAAUUGUGGUAUGAUGUUACGUGAAUGUGUUCGUGUACAAGAAUUGGCUGAAAUUAUUUUGAGAUCACCGGAUUUUUAUAAAUUUUUUGACUAUGUACAAAAGUCAACGUUUGAUAUUGCCAGCGAUGCUUUUGCUACAUUUAAAGAUUUAUUAACCAAACAUAAAUCUUUAUGUGCAGAUUUUCUCGAACGAAAUUAUGAUCAAUUUUUUAAUAAAUAUCGUGAUCUACUUAAUUCAGAAAAUUAUGUUACACGUCGUCAAUCAUUAAAAAUUUUAUCAACGGUUAUUUUGGAAAAUGCUAAUUUGAGUAUAUUAAAAAAGUUUUCAUGUGAUAUAGAUAAAUUUACUCUUAUCUAUGGAUUAUUUCCAUCGGAAGCUUUUGCUUUAAAUACAAAAUCAGGAAUAAUUACAAAACUUAUGACUCUGCUUGGCGAAUUAUUGCUUGAUCGUUAUAAUUUUUCGGUGAUGACAAGAUAUAUAUCGAAUACGGACAAUCUCAAACAACAAAUGAAUUUAUUAAAAGAAAAAAGCAAAAAUAUACAAUUUGAAGCAUUUCAUGUUUUCAAGAUAUUCGUGGCCAAUCCAACAAAACCGAAAGCAAUAUCUGAUAUACUUCUUCGUAAUCGAGAAAAACUUAUUGAUUUUCUUACGACGUUCCAUACAGAUCGUACGGAUGACGAACAGUUCAAUGAUGAAAAAGCCUAUUUGAUCAAGCAAAUCAGUGAAUUAAAAGACACGAAAGCUUGA